AUGCAUGUGGCCGGCAGUGCCUGCGCCUGCCCCGCCGCCGCCGCCAUGUUGCUGUGCCGCGUCGUCGCCUACAGGCCCGUGCUGCUCGCCACACUGCGGGAUGAUCAGCGGCCCAGAGGUUCUCCACCGUGGGGCAGCGACAACACUUCCUAUCAACACGGUCAGCUGCGGCCGCUGUACUUGAGGAUCAGCAACACGCCUCCUGACGUCAAACAUGCAGAGCGGCGUCACAGUACGACGCAGCAGACACGCCCACCACUGGUCGCUGUUGCAGGUCCCGUCGCACCGGAAGAUCAACGCGCGCCUUCCAGGAGCGCCGCCCACCGCAUGCCGCCUCUCACCAGGUCGCCGGCCUUCCGCGGGGACUCGGGCUCGCAGGAGCAAGCAGCGCUGUCCCGGCCCACGAGGAGGCGACACCGUUCUCCUGCCAUCACGUCCGUUCCACCUGUUGUCAGCAAAGAGGACUCACGCAGCACCACAGUGGAGGAGUUCGCCAUACCGCAGAAACCGGUGCUGGCUAGAGCUGGCAACGUCCGCCAGGACACAUCCAUACUGCUCACUGCUCCGCCGGCCUCGGUGAUGACGCCGCCCGCCGAGCUGUCGUUCCUGCCGCCGGUGGAGCCGCCGCCGAGCGCCGCAGCCAGCCCGCGGCCGCCGUCCGCUGCCACGCAGCUGGAGCUGGAGCUGGACGCGUCGCUGGACUGCCGCAGCCUGGACGAGGCGGAGGCGGCGCAGUCGCAGAUCCUGGAGCCGCCGCACUCCUCGGGCAGCUCCGCCGAGGCGGCGGCCGCCCUGCAGCAGUCGCACCGCUCCGCCAGGCUGCGCGCCCUCAGUGGCAAGCAGCAGACCGCCUCGCCGCAGCCGCAACUGGAGCCGACGGCGGGGGUGGCGGCGACGCCCACUCCGGCUCCUGCACCGUCGGCCACGCCCACUCCAGCCCCCGCGGCCACGCCCACGCCUGCAGCUACAACAGCCGCCACGCCCACGCCUACGCCGACGCCCACGCCCCCGCAGGCGCUGCCGCAGCAGACGCGCGCGCCGUCUCCGCCCCAAGAAGAGCCCGCUCGCCAGGAGGAGCACGGGCAGCCGCCCUCUCCGCCCCCAGAGGAGCCGGAGGCGGAGUCCGCCGUGGCAGAGCCCGCGCCACCCCCGGCCCCGGCGCCCACGCCCGCCCCCGCCGCCGGCCCCGGGAUGCCGCCCCACGCGCCCUCCGUCACCCGGCCGCCGGUCAUCGACCUCCGCCUGGACGUGGAGGGUCCUCCGGCAGCCCCCGGCGGCAGCAGGAGGCCGCAGCCGGCGGGCAGGCGGGCAGGGGCGCUGCUCGUCAAGCCUGCCGCUGCCCAGGCCAGGGGGACACUGAUGUCGCGCUCCAGUUGCAGCGUGGUAAAGGGCGCCGGCCGCUCAUCGUCGCAGCUGCAGCUGCAGGCCCAGUCCCAACAGCUGCAGCUGUUCCCGCCGGCGCUGCCACCAGUCGACACGCCGAGGGAAUCUCUCUCCAACUGCUUGCAGAACCUCGACAGCCACGAGUGGGAGCAGGUGCUGUCGGCCAUGCCGGUGCUGGUGCGGCUGGUGCGCCACCACCCAGACUCGGUGCUGUUGCAGGCGCCCGCCGUCGCGGCAGCACUGUCGCGCCACGUGCGCAACCUGCGCUCGCAGGUGGCGCGAGCUGCCUGCCAGGCGGCGGGCGAGUUCUUCGUGGGGCUGCGGCGCACGCCGGACCUGGAUGUGGAGGAACUGGUGGGCUCGCUGUUUCACCGGUCCGCAGACACAAACAGGUUCCUGCGAGCUGACUGCAACGCGGCCCUCGACAAGAUGGCGGAUGUAUUGCCUCCAGCACGUGCCGUCCAACUCAUUGUCUCCAAAGGUGCCAGCCACCAGAACGCCGUGGUUCGCACAGUGGCCGCGCGGCUGCUGGCGGCGCUGACGGCGCGCCUGGGCGCAGACCGUGUCCUGUCGGCGCCCCGCGACCUCCGCAGCCGCCUACUGGUCACAGGCUCCUCACUGCUGACCGAGGGCAGUCUGGAGACCAGAUGUCACGCGAAAUCAAUGUUCAGGCACCUUGUAUCCCACCCAAACUUUGCAACUGUUCUCUCAGAAGUAGUGCCACAACAGGUACUACGAAACAUCUCAAAAACUCUCCAGAGCCUGAAAUAAUGUGGAUGACUGAAGAUGCUGACAGAUUUAGGUUGUUAACAGGUCUGUGUCUGUGAAGUAAUGUAAAUAAUUUCUGUUGGGGCUAGACAGAGUAAUGUAUCGAAUGUUUCUAAUAGAGAUAAUAUAAACAUCCUUUCCAUGAUACUUUUCUACAUAAAUUCCUUUGUUAACACAGUAGUGCCAUUUUGUCAUAUCUUGCUACGCCAGUUGCAGUAUAUGCACAUAUAAUGUACAAAACCUAUCUAUAACAUAACAGUUUGAAACAGAUGUUUAGUUUAACACCUUAAGAAUGUGAUGCUUCAUUAUCUCAUAAUAUUAAUGUGAAACUUCAUUUUAUAAUUAUAUCCUGUCCUACAGAAUUUUUCAGCUUAGUUUAAGAAAGCUCUAAAUGUACAUAUAAUUCCGUCCAUAUAUGUGAUACUGUUGUUAAGUACAUUAAUAUAUUGAAGAAUAGCAUAUAUUGUAUAAGAUACAUAUCAAAUGAUCAUUCACUAUCGAUAAAGAACUGUACAAGCAUCCUAUAAGGGACAAGGAAGUCCAAAUACAGCAUACAGUAAUACAGGCAUUAUUUUGCCAACAGAAAAAUGAGGAAUUUUUAGAUCCAGGGUAAAGUAUUAUUAACUAUGAGACCUUUAUCAAAUACAUUUAUUAAAAGUUAAAUUGGCUGAUGUAAGUCAAAUAAUAUGUUAUGUGAUAAUUUAUUUUCAUUUAAAUACACCUAGAGAAUUUUAUGUAUCAAGAAAGCUAUUUUUAAUGUUAUUCAUGUAUGUCAAAAUAUGUUACAAUGUAUUUUCUACAAUAAGCUUUUAUGUAUUUUGUACAAAGAAAUGUCAAAACAUUCAUAAUAUUACCACAUAAAAGUAAAGUUAAUU